UCUCGUCUUGGUAGAGAAAGUGAAGGUCUUCUCCGCGGCGGGAAUCUCUACCUUGUUUACAGUCCUACGAUGGCCGCCACUCAACCCAGUCUGCACAAUUUCUACAAAUCCAGGAAAAGCGCAAGAGAAACCACUCUAAAGAAUGUGAAAGGCAGUGUGGUGAGAGACGCUGAUGUGGUGGAAAGUGUCAUUUCUGAAGUUAGUGUGGAGAAAAAUGUGGUAAAUGAGAAGGUUCCUCGGGACGCCAUCGCGACACGGCGUUCCACAAGGCCUGCUGCUAAAACCUCCUCUAGGAAGACACAGGUGAAGAAGCCAGUCCAGGGCACCCAAGAUAUUUUAACGGCUCUCAGGAAAGUUUCUGAAAAGGCUGAGGCCAAAGCCUCUGAAAAGGCUGAAGAGGCAACCACUGUCAAGAGUUUACAAAGUGUUAAUGUUACCCCUCCUAUCACACCAAAAAGAAAGAAGGAGGAGGAGGAGGAGGAAACAAAAAGAAAAAGGAGGAAGCAGGACAAUGGGGAAGAAGAACUUGACAGAACUCCUGGUGGCAUGGUCAAAGACUUGCCAGCUCCACCAGCACCAAGAUCAGCAAAAAAGAAGCUUGUUAUGAGUUCUGAAGCAGAGGGAACUCAAGAGAAGAAAUUAACCCCGGCCGAAAUCAAGGAACGCUUAGGAAAGUGUGGCCGUCUAGACCAGCUGCGUGCUAAGUUGUUAAAGGUUAACAAAUGUGAAGAAAAGCUCAAGCAGUUCAAAGAAAGCACCAUUGCAGAAAGCCUACCACCUGUUGUGCCCGCAUCACCUGCUAAAUCAAAGGAACAUCCACAGCUCGCCAAAUUCUCUUCUAUUGAAGUUCAUGUUCCUAUAAGCCCUAGAAAGACACCAGUAAAAACCCCAUCAAAAACCCCAUUGAAGGCACCAGCACAUGAGCGAUUCCAGCAUUUGGUGGAGAAACCCUCAGAGGAGUUGGUGUUACCAUAUAAAUACCGUUUCUUGAAGGACAUGUUUAGAGCAGUGGAUACUGUUGUAUCAUUGCUUCACAACAGACAUGAAGUUAUCUCAUAUAGCAAGUUAAAGCCAGCUGUCCAAGAAAUGAUGAGAAGAGCAUUUGAAGAGCGCCAUCUUGGACAAAUAAAAACCAUUUUCCCCUUGGCAUACAUCUUCAAACAGGAACGUAGGAACAAAAAGAAUGUUGUAUCAAAUGAUGUAUCAAAGGGAUCUUAUGAGUUGACAGUUACAUCUAAUAUGGAUUACAAAAGUGUAUCUGCAUCACAGAAUCUAAUGAGCAAGUUUGAUUCUGCCCCUGCUGAGAAUUUCCCAAAAUUCAGGAAGAUGGACUCUGUUGUAUUGGUUGAAAGGCGCAAUAUAUUCCACAACGCUCUAAUUAACAUUGUUAGAGAUCAUCAUUCUGAAUUCCUUAUGACUUUGGAGCCUCCUAUCUCAAGUGUUGGUGCUAUUAAACGAUGGCAUCCAGAGUUUGCCCUGGAAGACCUACCCGAUAUUGAGGAAGCCCCACUGCCUCAACCGCCUACCAUGGAGAAGUUGGGAACAGCCAGAGAUGUCCUUGACAAAGCACAAGACCUCUUCUCACUUAACCACAGACUAGAGAAAGCAGUAACAGAUGCUGCUGAACAAACUCCAGCACCAGUUGCAAAAACUGCACCAUCACUGUCUGCAGCACCAGUCAAUACAUGUUUAGCUUUAAAGGGUGUAUCAAGUUCACUCCUAGAGAAGAUUCGUGCAAGGGAAGCUGCAAAAGCUGCUCGGGAAAUGACCAGAAGCUGUGGAGAAAAUAAAGAACUUGAAAUGUUGUCUCGCCUACCUGAAAUUUCCAGAAUUAUUCGUAAUACUUUUGUAACAGAAAAGAAAGCUGCUUUACCUUGGGAAGUUGUAGCAGCUAAAGUUGCUGCCAGUUAUACUUCUAUGUUAGGAGGAAAUGAGGUGGAUAGCCAUCUUGAACUGCUCAUCAAGGAAAUACCUGGUUGGUGCACUGUUCAUAAUGUUCGCAGUGGCAGGUUCUUAAAGAUCAACAAGAAUGAACAGUUAUGCAGUGUUGAAGAAAAGCUGCAAGCACUUAUCAAACAGAGAAAAUAGAGGAUUUUAUAAUCACACAAUUGUGUAUGGAUUAAAGUAUGAAUACUAAUGUUGUAAAGUUGAACUAUUCCUUAGUGAGAGGAAUAAUGCCAUAAGGAUGUAUUUUUUUACUGCCUUUGUGUAAUAUUGCACUCCUAAUAGGCUUAGGUAAUGAAUGAGUGAUGAAUUAUUUUCAGAGUGCAUGUUAAAUUUCUGUUAACAAUUAUUGUGACUGAGUACUGCAUGUACCAAAGAGUUGUUAUCUAGUGUAUACUUAAUUUUUAAUCAUUAAUAUUUCAGUACAAUUUGGAAUUGCAUAUGAACUAAAUGAGUGUUUAUACACAAAAUUUGAGGAAAUGACAAAAAUAUUCCAUGGAUGGUUGAUGGCAUACAUUGUAUACCAUUAUACGAGACAGUACUGCCAGUGUAUUUCCCUUUGAACCAGAACAAAUAUAAUUACAGUUAUACUUUCAUGCUAAAUGCUAACAUUUGUAUUUCAUUUAACACUGUCACCAGGUUUGUUUUUGUGCACUCUCAGAACAAAUUUCCUGUUAUUUAAGGGUGUAUAUUUUCAGACUUUAUGGAAUAAGGAUGUAUAAUAUUUUUUGAAGAAUAAUAGCUUGCUUCAUUUUUUUUCCAUAAUACUUGUUACUGAAAUCCAAAUCCUCAGGACAUGUGUAGUAUAGUAAAGAACAUUUUGUCAAAAAAUGUGGGGAGCUAGGAUCAAGUUUUCAGUUGUCUAACAUGGCUAGAAUGCAAUUAUAUUGCAUUACAUAAUUACUAUAUUAUUGAUGUUUACAGGAAGAAAGUUACAAAGCAGUCAACCAGUUCGCAAAGAAAUUAAUUUGAAUAUGUCAGAUUAUAAUGAACAUUAAAAUAGCAGAUGAUGUUAUUAGCUCAAGGUCCCUAGACUUAGAAUUACAUCAGUUUUUACAUUUUGUAAGUACUGUGAUUAGAUUUAAUUAUAUGUACACAUGUUUAAAAUCAUGUUUGUGUGAUAUGUUCUGAAUGUCAUAGCAGAAUAUACAUUGUAAAAUACUUUGUUUUAAA